UGGGAAGCCAUUUCAGUCGCGGUCCGGUAGCUGAACUUGCAAGUUUUCCACAAUGGCGCAGGCCGGAAGUAAUCAACGGUUAAUUUGCGCAUCAAUUGCACUGUUGGUGGUGUUGCUGCAAGUUGGUGCAUCGUACGGUGAUAACCUCCGUGAACUUAGUGUGAGCGAUUGGUGGGAGAAGGCCGGCUUCUACCAGAUUUAUCCGCGCUCGUACAAAGACAGCAAUGGUGACGGGAUUGGCGAUCUGAAGGGAAUCGAGGGCAAGCUGGAGUAUUUGAAAGGGAUCGGAAUGAAAGCGUUUUGGCUGUCGCCGAUCUACAAGAGUCCGAUGGCAGAUUUUGGGUAUGACAUUGCUGACUUUGUGGACAUUCAGCCGGAGUACGGGACGAUGUCGGAUUUUGAGAGCCUGGUGAAGAAGGCUAAGGAGUUGGGUUUGAAACUGAUCCUGGACUUUGUGCCCAAUCACUCGAGCGAUGAGCAUGAGUGGUUCGUGAAGAGUGAGAAUCGAGUGGCAGGGUAUGAGGACUUUUACGUGUGGAAUGACGGUAUUGUUGGUAGUGAUGGGCAGAGAUCGCCACCGAAUAACUGGAAUGAAGCAUUCCGAGGAAGUGCCUGGCAGUGGAGUGCGACUCGGCAGCAGUACUACCUGCAUCAGUUCCACCGGAAGCAGCCGGACUUAAACUACCGUAAUCCUGCAGUCGUGGAGGCGAUGAAGAACGUGCUGAGAUUUUGGCUCGGCAAGGGUGUUGAUGGGUUCCGAAUUGAUGCCGUACCAUGGCUGUUCGAAGAUGAGCAACUUCGCGAUGAGCCUCUCUCGGGAUGGUCGCAAGAUGAUCCGCUGCGCCCCGAAUACCUGAACCACAUUUACACGCAGGAUCUGCCGGAAACAGUUGACAUGGUGUAUCAGUGGCGUGAAGUUCUGGAUGAGUAUAAGAAGGAAAAAGGCGGUGAAACUCGGGUGUUGAUGACCGAAUCUUGGUCUGCCUUAUCGGUUGUACAAACAUACUUCAAUGAUUCCAACGGUCGCUUGGGAUCACAAAUGCCGUUCAACUUCCAACUGAUCAUGCGACUGGAUCAGAAUUCGAAGGCAUCGGAUUACAAAACGGUUAUCGACUCAUGGUUGGAUGCGGUUCCAGUUGGACACGCUCCCAAUUGGGUGCUCGGAAACCACGACAAGCGUCGUGUGGCCUCACGUAUGGGAGGAGAGCACAUGGCGGACAUCAUGGAGAUGGUCGAACUGUCCAUGCCGGGUGUUUCCAUCACCUAUCAGGGAGAAGAGCUGGGCAUGACCGAUACCGAGCUAAGCUGGGCCGACACCAAGGAUCCGUCCGCAUGUCAAACCAACGAAAACGUCUAUCAACAGUACACUCGUGAUCCCGCACGAACUCCAUUCCAGUGGGAUGCUACGGCGAACGCUGGCUUCACGACCGCCAGCAAACCGUGGCUUCCGGUCAACUCCAACUAUGCGACGAUCAACGUAGAUUCGGAGCAGAAAGCGGACAAAAGUCACCUGAAAGUGUUCGAAGAGUUGGUUAAACUUCGCGACGACGACGACUUCCACCGUAGUCAAUUUGGAACAGCGGUUUUGGGCCAGAGCACAUUUGCUAUCAUUCGGAUCGCAAACGGCAGGACAUACUUUACGUUGGUCAAUUUGGCGAAUGCUCAGGACACGGUCAAUGUCGCUGAGCUCUUCACCAAAUUCAGCACUACCAAAUCGUUCGAUACGGCGGUCGUUAGGGUGGCAAGUGUUUCCUCAAAGAGGCUCGCCAAGGAAUCGGUUACGUUGAGUUCGAUUCAGCUGGAUCCGUAUGAAGCACUUGUCGUACAGAGUGGAGCGAAGAAUUGCGUGGCAGGUUUGCUGUUGAUUGUCGUUGCUGUUCUCACGCAUUUGAAGUUGCGUUGAUGAGCUCAUUUGAAUAAAUAAAUGGUUUUUUUUUUCUUUAAUUAUAAUAUGUUUACCAAAUUACA